CAAGGUCAGGCUGGACAGGGCUUUGAGCAACCUGGUCUAGAGGGAGGUGUCCCUGCCUAUAGCAGGGCGUUGGAACUAGAUGAUCUUGAAGGUCCCUUCCAGCCCAAACCAUUCUAUGAUUCCAGCUUGAGUGGGAUGCCUCAUCUCCCCUUUGGGCCACCUUCUCUCUGGCAGGAAGGGCUUUGUUCCAGGGCAAGCUCACCUGCUGACCCCAACUUUGAUGCUUGUGGAACCCCCCACUGUGAGGCUUGGCCAUACUUCAGCUUCUUCAGCCCUCACUUGCUUGUGAGGAGGUCAGAAUCUCUGUUUGUGCCCUUUGAGGGGUUUCUGAAAUCUGAAGGGGAAGCAGCAGUGAAAACUCUGGCUGUAAUGGAAAUGGAUGCACCAGGAGGGAAACCACCACUGGCCUUGCCUUGCUGCGUUAGUGCUGCAACUUGAGACACCUCAGUGCUGGUGGGGGACAGCAGGACACUUUAUCAGUCUGCCAUGCCACCUCUAGCUGGCAGGGGAACCUGGCAUGAUCGCAGCUGUUUGUCUCUCUCGGUCUGCUUUGCUUUCCCUUCAGUCUCUAAUGUCACGAAUUGCUGCUGCAUUCAGAACCGUGACCUCCAGGUGGUCGGAUCCUGGCUUCAGACCAUAGUGCUGUCAGUGCUGUUGUUAUAUCUUGGAGUGUGUCUCCAGUGCUAAAAUUCCUGUCUCUUUCACUUGUCACUGCACUGCACUGGACUCUAACAAGCACUGUAUUAGUGUCAGAAAUGGUUUUUUAUCAGUGGGAUCUGCAUUAUCCUCAGGGACUCUUGGCCGCUGAUCCCUGCUGCUUAGGGACCUGUGGGCAGCUCAGGAGCCAUGCUGUACUUCGUCCAUUCCCAAACAGAACCAGCCACUUUCUUGCUUUCAGGAGGGAGGGUCCAAUUUCACACUGGGAGGAUGAAGUUGGUCUCUGAAUUCAUCUUAUCUCCUCACUGUGCACCCGCUGCAGCCUGGAAAGCCACAUUCCACUAAUUUCCAGGCCACCUGUUUAUAAAGCCCAACAGCAUUAAUGAUACAGGGAACAAGAAGGGUGUUUGUGUAUCCUGGUCUGUUGUAUAUCAGGCUCACGGAGCCAUUGCUUUUCAAAUGCUGCUCUUGCAAAGGCACUCCAGAUGUCCUAGGCAAGAAACUUUGCUCGUGGGUCCUCAUAUGCAAGUGAUGGGCCCCCAAAAACCCUUCUUGGGGCAGCCCACUUUCUGCUGGUGUCCCGGAAGGUUUGUGGUGUCUGAGGAGGGGGCGAUGGGGAUUUUGUUGCCCCACACAGGGUCCACGUUCUGUGCUUGGUCACCUCAUGAAGCUGCAUCAUGUUCUGUCUUCCACUAGGGAGCUCCUGUGACAAGCCCAUGUCCUGCCUGCUUCCACAAGUUCCCUAUGGUAAAGCUGAGUUGAGUGCAGGGACCACAGAAUAACAAUUUCUUUCAUAGUCUGCCCUCAGGAGGACAAAGGAAUGGGGCUUGACCCUUGCGGCUGUUUAGCUGCUGCUCUCAAAUGUUCCCUGAGGCUGUUCCCUUUUUUGCCCUCUACUGCAAACUGUCACUGUUCCUCUGGGCUUAUUUCCCCUUUACUAGCAGUGGGGAAAUACUUUGGGUGACUCUGUGCCCCCUCAUUACAUCUGCAGAGGAAAUGCUAGCUCGGAAGCAUCCUUGCUGUCUAGGAGAAGUAGCUGAGAUUUUUACAGGCUCGCCAUGAGGACUGGGCUCUUUCCUUGCCUGGGGUGUCUGGGACUGCUGCCCAUUCUGUCUCUCCCGUUCACCAUCAGGUUUUCAAUCCAGCGUUUUUAUGCUUUGCUCAUGCGAGGAGACAAUAGCUGGGCUGUUCCACGGGACAGAGCCUUUCUCAUGCAAAUGUGCUGCCUGCACCAGGGUAGGGGAGCCUAUAGGUACCCUGCCUGUCCAUUGCUGUCCCCAUCCAUGGUGACAGCUUCCUGCACCUUUUUUUUCAGUCUUAAAGGCGUGAUAUAAAUAAAAUAUAGUAGCUCCUAGCAGAGGAGCUACUAAUCACGAAAGCCAUCACAUUCACUGUCACUUUAUGUAACAUUAACAUGCCUGGAGCACUGCCAUGGGGAAAGCAUGUGGUGAUGGGGCAGGAGUUUGGGUCAGGGCUUGGUCCCCUGCCUGAGAGCAGUGUCACUGUGUCCCAGUGCCAGGCUGCUGUGCCAACCUCUGAAUUUCAGAAAACAACCAUGUGGAUUUUAUUUUUAAUCUGUUUUUGGCAUCUGGCUUGCUCCAGUUUUCUCUCUUUAAUCACAAACAGAGGCAUAUAGGUCCUGUUUCUUGCAAACCUGAGUGCCAAGUUGGAGAACAAUUCAUGCAGAACAGGAAGGCUGGAUCUGCAGACAUGCAAGUCUUGGAUGCACAUGUGCUUGGAGGUGCCAGAGUGUGGGGCUCUAAGGUGCCUUGGAGGAAUGGCUCAAAGGUAUUGAGCGCUCAGAACCCAUAAAACCGGAGAUCUGGAGCUGAGAGAACUGAGGCGUUUGUGUUUUGUCCUCAUGAAAAAGUAACAGAUUCAAAAAUUAGAAUAAUAAACCAGAGAGAAUUCCCUGAUUCAGCAGAGAGAAAGCUGGGGAUGAUGUAAGUCUGGAGCACAGCACUGCUGGGCACUGACUGUGCCAACCAUUGGUUCCCAUUGGUCUCCUGGAGUGUAGAAGGGACUUCAGGAAAAUGCUGGUGUUUAUCAGCUGGCAGUGCGCAGAGCUACCAAUGAGGCCACGACCAUUCCUGUCCCUUGGUGCUGGGAGCAGAAAGUUAGAGCAUACAGAGACAAUUUUGAUCUCAUUAACAAAAUGAUGCUCUUGACAUGGGGCAGUUCUUCCUUCCCCUCCUCUUGCCAUCUCCAGCAGCUGCCCAGCUGUGUCCUGACACCAGGCUGGGGGUUUGUGGGAUGGGUGGUGACCAGCCGUGCGGGUUGCACUCUGCAGCACUGUGUGCUCUCUGCCAGUGCAGUCUGUGACGUGCUGAAGCAGCAGGUUGCUAUGAUACGGUUUGCCGUAGCAAUGUCUGAGCUGAAAGGAGCCAAAACCAGUCUCUACAAAAGGAGCAUUCCUGGGCUGGGAGGAGGGUCAGCCUAUUAUGAUAAUGUCCGUCCCUUGGCAUACCCAGACUCAGAUGCCGUGCUCAUCUGCUUUGAUAUCAGCCGCCCAGAAACCCUGGACAGUGUGCUCAAGAAGUGGCAAGGGGAGACUCAGGAGUUCUGCCCCAAUGCAAAAAUCGUGUUGGUGGGCUGCAAGCUGGACAUGCGGACGGACCUGAACACGCUGCGGGAGCUUUCCAAGCAGCGCCUCAUCCCAGUGACACACGAGCAGGGCAGUGCGCUGGCGCGGCAAAUUGGGGCAGUGGCCUAUGCUGAGUGCUCCUCCAAGGUGUCAGAGGACAGUGUGCGGGAUGUCUUCCACGUCACCACACUCGCCUCGGUCAACAGGAUACACAAGAACUUGAAGCGCUCCAACUCCAAACGGGGACUGAAGCGGGCAUCACAGAUGCCCAGCAGGACGGACUUACUGAAUGACACAGAGAUCAGGAAAGACCGAGCCAAGAGCUGUUCCAUCAUGUGAAAAACAGUCUGUAAAUAACAUGUGUGUGUUGUCCAUUUUGUACAGUAACUGGCCAAGACCAGGGCACAGUGCUGGCUGCAGGAGCCAGCUUGCCUUUCUGAAGCCUUUCUUAGUCUGUAGGGCUGAGCAAAGGUCCCAGGUGCAAACUGGGGUGCAGGAGGCACCCUGCACUGCCAAGACCUCUGGGUUGGCUGCUGCUGUGCUGACUGCUUGGGAGAAAAGAACCACUUGGCAGAGAAGCAUACAGGCACUGGAAGGUCCAUGGUUGGAUGAAACAAAGCAAAAGAGAGUGAUGCUGCAUGCAUGCCAUCCUCCUGUACCCACGGCCCAGCCUCUGGGUGACGUAGGGUGGUGGGACCUGGGCUGGAGGCUGAGAGAGGGGGGAACCACAAGCAGCAGAAUGACUGGGAGAAAGUCCCAAGUCUCUUCCAAUCUGCCUUUAGAAGAGAAGCAUUAUUUGAGCUGUUGCUAUCUGCAGAUAGCUGCACCCUGGGGAGAAAGCGUAACCUGGUGAGCACUAUGCAGAUCACCUUCUGGGACACCGUAGAUAGGCAGCUUUUCUCACAGUACUUUAGAUACUUGAAAUCUAUUCCAAAACCAACAGAGCAGAUCUGGCUGCAGGGUCUGUCUCUGUAGAUGCAUCCUGAAAAUUGUGGUUCCCUUCAGCAAGCAAAUGCCACUCAGGAGGUUGUGCCUCACUGCUGCCAGCCUGGUUCCUCAUCAGGCUGCUCACUGCCACAGGCAGCUGCACCUCCAGGCACACAGCUUCCUGAAAAGCAGACUGCAAUCACUCUCCGUGUCCCCUUCUCCACCCAUUUCAAACUGCAGAUUGUGUUCCAUGACGCUGUGUUUGUCUGGUACAAGACACAAAAAGGAUUAUAUGUGUCUCUGCACCCUGACUCCACUGCAGCUGUGGGAAGGAAGGUGCUCCCUGCCCAUUCUGUACGGCUGUACAGCCUGCUGCCAACACCUCUCGUUGCUUCUGCUGCUGCCCUCUAAAUGCCUUUAACAACAGUGCUAGCCUUGAUCUAAUGACACGUAGACACUUUAUGGGAAAAGAAGUCUGCUCCAUUGCCAGAUCCAGCUAUGUCAGAGAGCUACAGAAAAUAAAUAAACAUCGUUGGAAAAUG